AUGUACUCCUCAUGCCGCCCUUCUUCCAUGCUGAAGGUUGUGUGUGUUCGGGUGUGUAUGUUUUACUCCACCAUGUGUCUGGCCGGCUGGCCGCUGUCCUCGGAGGCAGCCAGGCUCCGCUGUGGCACGGACCUCCUCAGCGACCUCAUGUUCGUGUGCGGGGACCGCGGGAUCUAUUUAGGUAAAGGUACGUGGUCUGGUUACGGAUCUCGGCCCAGGGGGAAGGGGAUAGUGGAAAAGUGCUGUCGGCCCGCUGGCUGUGAGCUUCAGCUUCUGGAGAUGUACUGUGCUAAACCAAAGAGCCAGCAGCAGACAACAGCUUACCCAACCACGGCACAUCAUACCACUACACAGCUGCACACGACUCAGCAGUUCCAGGCAGUGUUUCAGAAGAGACUCUCUGAGCACCUGGGAGCUCCCGACAGUCCAAAAAGGGAAGCUUACAGGAAGAAAACACAGCCUCCCCCUCGACGGAAAAGCAAAGUUUCAUCAUCUCGCAGGAGGAUCAGAACAAAGACCACAACCAGCGGGCCCCCUUCGACCUCUGGGAGUCCCCUUCGAAGAAUGAUGACCGUUGAAUCGUGACCCUUGACCUCAUGAAAAAGCUCAAUAUUUAUAGUUACAGGAUUGGACCUAGCCAGUUUGAAAGAAUGGUACUGACUGUUGUGAUAUAAACUCUCUACCAAGUAGGGAUCACAAACCGAU